AUGCGGGGUUACGGGAAAGAUGAAGUGAAGCGGCGAUGUACUUCACUACGGGCAUGGGAGCUUCCCAAGCACCCUAGCACCAUUGCUCCUGAUGGGGUCUGGUCCAACUCAGACAUGGACCCAGUUCCGUUGGAGCAACAGACAUGGAGCAUAUGGACGAUUCUGGCUUACUGGAGUUCAGACCUGAUGAAUCUGUCGACGUUGCAAACAGCAGGAAGUAUUUUGGCAGUCGGGUUGAGCUGGAGAGAAGCUAUCCCUGCCAUGGCGGUCGGAACCUUUGCCAUAGCCAUAGCCAUGGUUCUCAACGGUGCUAUUGGAAGUAGACUUCACGUCCCAUUUUCAGUAAUAGCCACGGGGAGCUUUGGGUUCUACUUCCGCUACUUCGCCAUCGUCAGUCGCGCUAUUCUGGCCAUGUUCUGGUUCGGCGUUCAGUGUGCCAAUGGCUCUUAUUGUCUCACAAUCAUGCUGAGCGCCAUGGCACCUGCCUAUGCGAGGAUCCCAAAUACACUGCCAGAGUCCGCCGGCAUUACAUCGAUGGGAAUGUGCUCUUUCUUCCUCUUUUGGGUUCUCCAGCUCCCUCUCCUACUCAUUCAUCCGACGAAGCUCCGGCCCUUGUUCUACGUCAAGCUUAUCGCAGCCCCUGCCGUCGUUCUUGGUACAAUGGGAUGGGCAGUUAAGAAAGCAGGUGGCGGCGGUGAUAUCUUCAAGUUAGAGCCCGAAGUGCCUUCAGGUACGCCUCAAUACGCCUGGUUGUGGCUGUCCUGCAUGUCGAGCGUGACAGGGCAGUGGGCCACCAUGGGCGUCAACAUCCCCGACUUUUUGCGUUAUUCCAAGAGCCCCAAUGGCCAGCUCGUGCAACUACCCUUUGUACCUCUCGUGUUUACACUCUGCGGGACCCUCGGUAUCAUCACGACAUCAGCAACGAAGGUGUUUGUGGGCGAGUACCUCUGGAAUCCGCUUGACAUUGUCAGUCUCUGGCUUGCAAAUGGAUCCGGAGGCCGGGCAGCCGCCUUCUUUGCGGCGUUGGCAUGGUUCAUUGCCACUGUCGGAACGAACAUCACAGCGAACUCCAUUAGUGCUGCGAACGAUCUGACAGUCAUGUUCCCCCGCUACUUGAACAUCAAGAGGGGUUGCAUGGUCGCAGCGGUGAUUGGCGGCUGGGUUCUAGUGCCGUGGAAGAUCCUCAGCUCGGCGCAGACGUUCCUGAACUUCAUGGGCGCUUAUGCCGUCUUCCUUGCCCCCAUCAGCGGCAUCAUGGCGGCAGACUUUUGGCUCGUCAAGAAGCAGCGAUACGACCUGCCUGGGCUGUACGAUCCCCACGGCCGCUACCGUUUCGAUGCGGGCGUUAAUUGGAGAGCGCUCGUUGCCUUCAUCGUUCCUGUGGCGCCUUCGCUGCCGGGCAUGGCACUGGCUAUCAGCGGCUACCCGGCAGUCAAGAUCUCAGACGGUGCGCAGCAUCUAUACAGCUUCGACUGGCUUUUUGGAUUCGUUGUGUCAGUCUUCUUAUAUACGACACUCAGCUGGCUGGUGCCGGCGAGGGAGUCUCUCAUACCGCAGACGAUUUGGGUGCGGGAGGGCAUGGAUAUCGAGGGCACUCAGGGCAGUGAUGUCGAGACUCCGAAAGACAAGACUCCCGAAAAGGUUCAAGCUGCAGCUCGGGAUGGCCACCAGACUCCAGAUUCCAAGGUGCUCUGA